UUGGCCGCCUCGGCCAGCGCACACAGCAAGAUGUCGCUGCCUAAGCCCACGUGGGUCUUCGAGGAAGGCACCAACAGUCCGGCAGGAACAGUCGACAGCUCCAACGUCCUGCCAGCGCCCGAAGGAAUGGGCUACGAGGGAGACCCGCUGUCCAACACGGAGGCGUACUGGACGGCCUUCAACGCGAGCAGCUACACGUCGCUCAAGGACCUCGUGUGGAAGAACGAGGUGGUCAACACCGACUCGCUUUACGGCACAGCCACGAUCGAGAGCGGAUUCUCCUGGACCAACGGCACGGCGCGCGACUUGCCUGACCAAGUUGAAUGGGACAAGCUUACGGAAGGCCACGAUGGUCCUUUAGAAAUAUGGUGCGACGAUGUGCUCGCAUUCUCGGACCAGAAUGCUGCGGUCAACUACCCGGGCAGUCCAGCUACAUUCCCGUACGACAAGGCUGCUUGCGAGGGGAAGUCAAGGCUGACUACAAUCUGGAUGGCGCUGCACUCGCCUCCAUGGCAA